AUGGCGGCUUCUGUUCCUUCCAACACGCCACGUCGGCUCGUGGUGACCGACGCGUCCGUGAUUUUCGGACAAGUCGUCGCGGACUUCUGCAGGAGCGUCAACGCCGGUGUCGGCGAGCCGUUAGAUUCCGCGAUCCGGUUGACAGCCGUCGUGACAAACGCCAGGCACGCCGGUUCCACGAAGCUUCCUGCCAUCGCCUCCGGAUCCCUUGAGUCCGUUCUUUCCAUCGCGGAGCGCCCGGGCCAUCAUGAUGCCACGUGUCUUGCUGAGCUGGCACGCGUGCUGCAGCCCAAUGGAACGCUGCUGCUACAGGAGCCCGUGGCUGCCAGAUCAGCAGCUGCUGUGGAGCUGGAGCGUCUGCCUUCGUCACUCUCCGGAUCGCCCCUGCCCAAUCAAGCUGCGCUGGAAAGAACGCUCCUCCUAUCAGGCUUCGCCACGUGGCAGGCAGUGAGCCCUGUUGCCGGCGUGGGAUUGGCCCCGGAGUUCACAGGGAUCACGCCCGCUGCCAUCGGAUCAACCCAAGGGCCCCUUCUCGUCCCUGUCACGCUCAAGGCACAGAAACCAGCGUGGCAAACCGGUUCUUCCUUUACUCUCAAAAAGAAAAGCAUCUCAUCCCAAGCCGCUGCUGCUGAUGCUGCGCCUGCAGCAUCUCCUGCCACGUCAGCAGGGGUGGCGCUACCGGCUCCCGCCACGUGGCGCGUUGCUACUGGUGGAGCGGGCGAGGAGGAGGAGGAGCUGGUGGACGAGGACUCGCUGCUGACGGCAGAGGAUCUGGUGGCUCCUGCGCCUCCUCCUGCCAGUGCUGCUGCUGCUUCUGGUGAGCUGGUGGACGAGGACUCGCUGCUCACAGCAGAGGACCUGGUGGCUCCUGUGCCCCCUCCUGCCAGUGCGGCUGCAGGCUGUGGCACGGCCAAGACGGCCAGGAAGGCGUGCGCAAACUGCACGUGCGGACGGGCUGAAAUGGAGGCAGCAGAAGAGGCGGGAGGAGAGGGAGGGCAGGGGAAGAGCAAGCUGACUCUCGAUCAGAUCGCCAACCCCGAGUCAGCGUGUGGCAGUUGCGGUGGUGAGGGUGUGAGUGGUGGUGAGGAUGUGAGUGCGGUGGUGAGUGCUGUGUGUGGGCUAGGAGACGCCUUUCGCUGUGCUGGCUGCCCUUACCGCGGGCUACCCCCCUUCAGGCUUGGAGAGAAGGUGAGUGGGGGAGGGGGUGGUGGGGCUAGGGUGACAUGCGAUGGGAUCUCCCUGGGCAGGGCUCGACUCUCUGCUGACGUGUACAAGCCUCCAGUGACUUUUGAGACCACUCAAAGCUCAUCCUCGUUCCUGCUGCCCCCCUUUCCCCCUCCCCCUUGCCCCGCUUUUUCCCCUACCCUUGCCGUCUAA